AUGUCGAAAGAGCGGGUUGUAUUAAAUGUCGGCGGGAUUAAGUAUGAAACAUACCGAUCAACACUGACGGCAUAUCCGGAUACAAUGUUGGGUACGAUGUUUGGAGAUGGAAGUAAUGGUUUAUUGCAUCCGGUAAACGGGAAUGAAUAUUACAUUGAUCGAAAUGGAAGAUUAUUUUAUUGUAUAUUACAAUUUUAUCGUACCGGCAAAAUACCUUGCAUCGAAAAAGCAAAAUGUACGAAGCCGUUGACACAAAAACAAUUAAACGAAGAGCUAGAUUACUUCAUGAUUCCCCGACCAAAAAAACCCUUAUCACCCUCCAAGACCGUGCGAAACCAGAAGAUGUCAUUACGGAGCAGAAUCAUCUCCUCCGAGCUUGAUAAAUUUGUGCUCUGCCUCAAAAAUGCACUGGAUACGGUGAUUCUCUACUUCCAAAAAUGCUUCAUAAUGUCCAAGGGUGGAUUAGGAUUCAAUGUCACCCUGGAGAUUUCGUUUUACGCGUCAGGUCGCAUACCUCUGUUGAUCACCGUGUUGCCCACCACCAUUGGGAAAUCCCCGGUGCCUCUUAUCACCCCGAUAUUUAACGAGUACGCGUCCGGCACUAAGGCGUACGUGUUGUUAAAUUAUUUCGGGGAUAAAAUCGGUGAUUAUUUAGAGGCAACCUACUCGGGAUUGUACUGGGAUCUCCAGUGGUUGGAACAUUGCAGUAACGGCAUCGAUGGACCAGAGGGAAUGUACCGGGCGAAGAUGUCGUUGUGUGAUGGAUUUGAAUAUGGAGAUGUAAUUAGUAAUUGUUGCUUGAACGCCACUUCUUUGAAGUGUUAUUAA